CUAUUACUCUUCUCUUAUUACCACUCUCUAACUCUUUUUCUUUCUCUGCAUUCACACUGUUCUCAGCACUAUUUCCAUAUUCUCUUUAAAGUUAUUUCAUGAAAAUUAGUAGAUUUUUUGAAUUGUUCAAUAAAAAUGGAAGUUUAAAGUCGGAAAAUCAAUUUCAAUUUUUCAAUUUUAACUGGAAACUGAAGUUGUCAUUUUCUGAGAAACACAAUGUCCCUUCUAUUGAUUUAAAGUUGGAAUGCGAUGAGAUUCCCGAUGGAAUAUUUCUUUCAAUAUGGAUACAUUUCCACUGUCUAACUCAGAAUACUAAAUACGAUUUCUUCCAAAUAUUCGAUAAAAGCCGGAAAAGCUUUUGUUAUAGGAGAAUUGUAACAGGCAUUCGUCACGUUAGAAAAUUUGACGGAAAGACCAUCGUCAGUUUUCCAAUUAAUCGAUUUUUACUAGACGACGAGACGGGCGAGCAUUAUGAUUCCAAGAAGCAGACAAAAUGGCCAUUUUAUAAUCCAUUUACGUGGGAUAAAUUGAAAGAGGGAACUAUAAAUGCGAUACCCUGUAAAUCAUGCUAUCACCAAUUUGGAUUCCGAAUUGAUUUGAAAUGUGUCACAACUUUCAAUACAUUACCAGUUAGAUAUGGUCUUCCAAAAUGGCCCAAAGCAACUUUAUAUCCUAUCCAGGUGGAAUUCUUUGAACCUGCUUGGCCUAGUAUACAGAAAUUGUUGAACGAUAAGAAAACAAGUUCAAUGUCAUCGGAUGAAUGGUGGAUGCUAUGUGAUCUUCUAGGAGCUUAUUAUCAUGAAUGGAAUUUCACAGAUGAGAAGUUAUCAAAACUGAACUUGCAUGCAACGAAACUGGGAUUUUAUGGUUUCAUGGAAGGUUUAGGGUUUGAUGGAAAUAUUCACAAAAAUAUCAAAAAUCGAAAUUCUGCAAACAUUGUUCAAAAACCAAGAAAUAUUACAUUGACAAAGCAUAGAAAAGCCACCGUGGAGUAUCAGAAGUUUUGGACCAUUUCAAGAAUUCCGAAAUUAUUAGAGCCACCAAAAUUAUUCAAAAUAUAUUUGGGACAUGGUUUACAUUGUAUUUUCAACUUUUAUCAAUCCAAAUUUCGAGAACAAUCUUAUCUUUCUACUGCAAUUGUGUUGAUUGGAUGCUUCAAUACAUUUCAUGAUUGUGAUAUUGAGAUCUAUCUGGUUCAUGGAAAAACCAGUAAAACUCAAAAAUCUUGUGCAAGGAGGAUUCUCAACCAAGUUCAAAACACGAUUUGUAUUCCACUACUCUGCCCGGUGGAAGUGUUAGAAUUCGGUGAAGAAAUUAAUAUUGAAGUAAAAUUAAAAACACGACAAGUUGAUGGAAACUUUAAACCAGAUUGCCCGUCUUUUGUGGAAAUGCCAGGAAUGAACAACGUAAUCCUUAAAUUUGAUGAAAAUUGUGCUAUAAGAGUGAAUAAAUAUUUUCUUGCUCACUUUGCCCCAUUCUUUGUUGCAUUAUUCUUCAAUGAAAAUUUCGAGGAACACAAGCAAAAUGAAAUCAGAAUAAUCUCGGCUAGCUUCAAUGAAAUGCUCAGUUUCCUUGAUGUCCUCUAUCACAAAACCAAAUUAUUCAAUGUGUCGGAAUACUAUCAUGUGCUACGGAUUGCAGAUGGGUGGAUUUGUGAUGAAGUGAUUCGAAUUAUCGAAAAAGCAGUUGAAAAUACAUUAUGCAGUAGCGUCAACAAAGAAAAGCUGAGAAUGAAAUUUAAUUUGGCAAAUUCCAAACAAAUGCCAUUGGCUGAAAGUACGCUGAAACGGGAAUCCAAAGAUAAAACGAGUGAUUGGAGAUCUCAAGCAGAUGCUAAAAAGUCACGGGUAGACAAAAACGAUUAAUUUUUGUAGAUACAAAAUCGUUAAUUAUUACAAUAAAAUCUUUAUUAAACUCAA